AUGCUUGUUUCUCUUUCUCUCCUUUUGUUGUUCCUGUUUCCUUCCUGGACGCUGGACCUAGACGCUGGACCUGGACCUAGACCUGGACCUAGACCUGGACCUGGACCUGGACCUGGCUACCUUAGACAACAAUUGGCAACAAUCGGCAGGCACGAAUGCGUACUAGCAAUUAGGCAACUAGGCACAUGCAACGUUCGCUACAUUGCUUUGGCAAUGCUGUAUCAUUUACCAAUUGUUCGGCUGGGUCCCUCCUAA